AUGAACGGCAGCACGACGACAGUGAAUGGUGGCGCUGUCAACGGCACUAAUGGAGCUCUAAAUGGAAUCGGGGCGGCUCCACGCACAGCAACCCUCGGAACACCAAACAGCUAUGCAUAUACAUCCAGCGGCUCGUUGCUCGGUCGAGGUGGAUCGGCCAGGCCGGUGCCGCCACCGACACUACCAAAAUAUAGCGGAUCCUUUAGUGCGGGCAGUACCCUAAGUGGAACAGGACUCCGAGAUCGCGACAGGGAAGGACCAGGUGGAUCACACAGACUGGCCAGUCUUGAAAGAUUAGCACUCCGACAGCGUAUAAUUGAACAAAGUUCAAAUAAUCAGGUGUCUGCCGGGUUAAUUAAUAACACUCCUGGGACGAACAGUGGACCCACCUCUGCUACCGCCACCCUUACCGAUACAGCAACGUUGCAGAGCAAGCGCGAGCUGUUUUUCAAAUCGGACACAGUGAGCGGCGGCGGGGUGAGUGCCACUGGCCUUCCGAACACUGCGCCGCCUGUCCCGCCAAUAGCACCUUCAGCCCUCAAAGACGCUCUAUCCAAGCGUUCCGCAACAUUGCCCGAUCCCCCCGAGAACAGUCACCACGAGCCCAAUGGGACAGCAUCCGCAGUCAAGCUUAGCAACAGUGUGUCAGUGGAUGUGGGCAAAACAUCCUCAAUGCCCCCACAAAUGCCCGCGCCACCCGUACCUACAAUGGCACCACCUUCCAUCAACGCGCCGUUAAGAAGUACAGAGAAUAUAAUGAAGAAAUCUGAUCACCCACCGGUUGCGCCAAAACCCGAUUUACCUAAGAUAGAAAAGCCAAAAACCAAAGAAUUAGAUGGAUAUGUUGGAUUCGCAAACCUACCAAACCAAGUGUACAGAAAAGCAGUCAAAAGGGGAUUCGAAUUUACGUUAAUGGUUGUAGGUGAAACGGGAUUGGGCAAAUCCACGUUGAUAAACUCAUUAUUUCUGACGGAAGUUUAUGAUAAGGAUAAACAUCCAGGGCCAUCACUACGCGUUAAAAAGACGGUGGGCGUGGAAACAAGCGUGGUUCUCCUCAAAGAAAAUGGCGUCAAUCUCACUCUCACAAUUGUCGACACACCCGGCUUUGGAGACGCAGUCGACAAUAGCAAUUGCUGGCAACCGAUAAUCGAUUUCGUUGAAUCGAAAUAUGAGGAAUUCUUAAACGCGGAGUCACGGGUGACUCGGAAGGCGGCGCCGCCCGACACUCGGGUGCACUGCUGCCUGUACUUCAUAGCGCCCAGCGGACACGGCCUCAAGCCCCUCGAUGUAGAGUUCAUGCAACGACUCGGCGAUAAAGUCAAUAUUAUACCCGUUAUCGCUAAAGCUGAUACCAUGACGCCCGAGGAAUGCAAGGAUUUCAAGGAGCAGAUAUUAAAAGAGAUCGCACAACACAAGAUCAAGAUCUACGACUUCCCGGAGAGUACGGGGGAGGAGGGCGAGGGCGCGGAGGGCACGCGGGCGCUGCGCGCGCGCGUGCCCUUCGCCGUGGUGGGCGCCAACACCGUCAUAGAGCAGGACGGCCGCCGCGUGCGCGGCAGGAAGUACCCGUGGGGCAUCGCCGAAGUGGAAAACCUAGAGCACUGCGACUUCCUGGCCCUCCGCAACAUGGUGAUCCGCACGCACCUGCAGGACCUGAAGGACGUGACCAGCUCCGUGCACUACGAGAACUACCGCUGCCGCAAGCUCGCCGGCCUCUCGCACGACGGCAAACCGCACAGGAUCAAUUCUAACAAGAAUCCUUUGGCUCAGAUGGAAGAGGAGAAGAGGGAGCAUGAUCUUAAGAUGAAGAAAAUGGAGAGUGAAAUGGAACAGGUGUUCGAGUCCAAAGUGCGCGAGAAGCGCGCCAAGCUGAAGGAGUCGGAGGCGGAGCUGGCGCGGCGGCACGAGGCCACGCGGCGCGCGCUGGAGGCGCAGGCGCGCGAGCUGGAGGAGCGCCAGCGCGCGCUGCUGGCCGAGCGCGCCGCCUGGGAGCGCGACACCGGCCUGUCGCUCGACGACCUGCGCCGCCGCUCGCUGGAGGCCAACAGCAAGGAGACGGUCGACGGGAAGGAUAAAAAGGAUAAGAAAAAGAAAGGUAUUUACUCUGCAUAUCGUAAUGUAUUGAAGAAACAUACUUUA